AUGGACCCCAAUCCCAAUCCUGUGCAGGGUCCACUUCCUGCAGGUUUUACCGAUGCAAGUCAGGUCCCAGUGCCUUCAGACAGUCCUGAGGCGAGCCCACAUGCUGCGCCAACACCGAUUCCUGCUCUUGAUCCCAACACAGCCAUGAUGGAGAUGCUGCGAGCUGCCACUCAGGCAGCACAGGCCGCAGCAGUGAAUGCACAAGCAGUGUCCCAGUUGGUAGCUAGGUCCGAGGCACAGGCCGAGGCAAGAGCUACUGGUUCAUCCAGCAAUUUUCAGGCGUAUAAAUUGCUGAAGCAUCCUGACCAGUUCGGGUCAGAGAGUACUGAUGCCGACGCCAUCCAAUGGGGCGCCUGGCUCCAUGGGUUCCGAACAUGGUUGUCGGUUGUCGACGCUGCUUACGAGCAUGAACUCCAGGAGAUCGAGGCUCGGUGUGGCGAGCCGUGUGCACCGAUCGCUAAUUUGCCUGCAGCACUGCAAGCCCGCAGCAGACAGCUUUAUGGCAUUUUGUCAACAUUGCUGAAAGGCCGCCCUUUGCAAGUUCUCCGUCUUACCCCCAACCAGCAUGGUUACGAAGUGCUUCGUGUGCUUGCUCAGACUUUCCAGCCGCGCACUAGAAGCAGGGCCAUGGCGAUUCUAAGCGCCAUCAUGGCCACUCCUGCCUUUGAUAAGAAAACAACGAUCCGCAAACAAGUGCAUGCAUUCGAACGCUCUUGCUCAGAGUACCUGAAAGCUUCAGGGAAGGAGAUCAGCGAGGACAUCCGGUUCUCGAUCUUGCUGCGUUCUUUGCCAAAGCACUUGCGUGAUCACAUAAACUUGUCCUUGACUGAGCAGACGACGUAUGCCCAGGUGCGAGAGCAGAUCCUUCAGUUUGAGAAUGUGACCCAAAGUUGGAACCCUUCGCGCGUCCAACAGCAGCUUCUUAUGCCUGCAUCCACGUCAGGCGCUGCAGCAUCCAGUGAUGGGCCUCAGCCAUCCCAGCAAGGUCCAAAGUCUGUCAAAAGUAUUCGGUUUGACUUGAGGGAUAGUAGCCUUGACGUUGGCGGAUCAGUCCGAGCCGUGACUUGCGUGCCAGCACUUGUUGAACCUGCCUUCGGUCAGCCAAUGCAUUUUGAUAUGACUUCAUGCGAUUCAAACAGCGAGUGGACCAUGCCCCAGGAUGUGCCAUGUCUGGACCUGAUGCCGGAAGUUCCAGGUCAUGUGUUCGCCAUGCAUUUUGAUAUGACUUCAUGCGAUCAGGAUGCCGAGUGGACCGUACCAUAUGACGAGCCAUGCUUGAACCUGAUGCAAGCUUCCCCAGGUCAUGUGCGAGCCGUGAGCGGACACUCGGGUGAUGAACUCCCGAUAUGUGUCGACACAUGCGCUGAUGAGUCCUGUGUUCCGUUGUCGUAUGGGGGCAUAGGCACGAGGAGCUUGCAAGGUCCUAGCGGCUUGUUGGAUGCAUCAGGAAAUGCAAUGCUGAAUCAAGGUGUUCGGAAUGCCACGUUGUUCACCGAUAACUGUGAGCUUACGGAUCGAUGGGUUGUGACAGGAGUGAGCCAGCCAAUCCUGGCAGCAGGGAAAUUGCUGCGUCGGGGGUGGAGCAUUGGUUCAGUUGAUGGAUCACUUGCACUGACGAGCCCCGAUCGAGAGGCCAGUUUGCUUGAGCGGUUGUUGGAUGAGCAUGACCACUUCACUGAGAUUGCACCGUCUGUUCAUGCCGCCCGGAUUGUGUCUGACAGCUACAUCGAUCUUAACCUGUAUGCGCCGUAUGAAGGCCUGGCCUAUCGCACAACCUUGAUGCGCCGAGCAGCGCACUUGCCAUGGGAGUUGCUUGAGUUGAGCCGUUCCUUGGAUGGUCCUGAUGUGCCCCAUGGUUUGAUCGAUCCUGCAGGCCCGCAGCUUGAGUUGAUCGUGUUUGGUCACCGUGAAGUGAUGUCACCAGCCGACCUAGGCUUCAACACUAGCACUGAUGUUGCUCCUGAACAGGCAGCCGAAUGUAGUCUCCCAGCUAGACUACAUUUUGAGGCCCCUGAAGUUGAUAUGAGUGACGAGGUAUUUGCUGCUGAGGCUUCCGUAGCCGAGGAUGCUGACGUGGCCGAAUCAGGCGAAGCCCCUCAUGAGUCCAUUCAGGAGGAUGUGGCCGGUGAGGUAGUGAUGCAAGAAGCCCUUGCAGAUGAGCUCAGUGUUGAUUUGCCCGAGUCAAUCACCAUCGAUGAUGUCGUGUUGACCGCCACGAGCACGCUUUCGACGUUGCGUGCUGCGUGUCAAUCCUUGGGUGUGGGGAAGAGUGGCUCUCGUGCCACAGUCUUCAGUCGCCUGGUGAAUCGCUUGAAGAGCAUUAAGCUUGCAGAGGCAGCCCGUGCCCGCAACAACCUCGAAGCGCAUGCAGUGGCUGUGCCCAAGCAGCCUGAGGAGCCGACGCCAGAACAGCGUCGCUCACAUGAGGCCACACAUUGCCCAUAUGCAAGUUGGUGCGAGCAUUGUAUCGCAUUCCGCGGACGCGAUGACAGUCAUUCUGCACUGGCCAAGAGCUCAGAAGAUCGCAUGCCUUGCAUAUCCUUUGAUUACGGGUUCACAUCCCGAGUCGAAGGUGGGCCGAAGCUUGUUGCCUUGUAUGUGCAUGACAGCCAGACCGGUUGGCGAGAAUGCUUUCCUGUUCCUGCGAAAGGAGGGACCCACAGCGGCACCCAAGUGAUUCCCUACCUAGCCUCAGAACUGUGCAGGUUGUUAGCCUUCUUAGGGUAUAGCCAGGUUACCCUUAAGUCCGAUCCCGAGCCUACUUGCAUUGCUUUGCAAGCUGAAGUGCGUAAACUGCGGCUGAGUAUGGGCCUGAGGACCGUGUGUCAGCAGGUUCCGGAGGGAUCUCACCAAAGCAAUGGCGGUGCCGAGAUGUGUGUUCACACUGUGCGUCAGCUUGCUGGAUCACUGCUUGCGUGUUACGAAAGCAAAGCGAAGCAGAAAGUGAAGAGCCUUGACCCGAUCCACAGCUGGGCCAUGCGUCAUGCUGCCUUCAUCUUGAACAGGUUCCAGGUGCAGUCCGGGGGUUUGACCGCGUUCGAGGCAGCGAUGGGUCGCCCCUAUCGCGGCGCUUUGAUCCCUUACGGGGAAACUGUCAUGAUGCUUGUGCCUCAGGCUGGACAGGGAGCUAAAGGGAAACCGCGUUUCAUCCAGUGCCAGAUGCUAGGGAAGGUUAUGGUCAGCGACCAAUGGAUCGGCGUGUCCAGUGCAGGCCGCCUUGUGUUGGCCAGGACCGCUAGGAGGAUGUCGCCUGAGUUUCCGCCGCAGGAUCACACCGUCCUUAAAGACCAUCCGUGGAACCACCCUGGGUUCAUCGCUGGGUCUGCUGGACGAAUGCGUGCACAGCGACAGCCUAAGGUCGUCUUGCCUUCCGGGCUUUCUCCACUAUUGGCAUCUGGUGAUGGCGGGGGAUUGAAGGCUGGCGGGGUUGACUUGAUUGAGACAGGUCAACCAGUUGUGCCAGGUGAUGUCAGUCCCAGUUUCAGCCUGCCUUACUCGCCAAGCAUUGCCCCUGAGCAAAGCCCUAAUACUGUUGCAGCAUCUGACCCCAGUUCCUCAAGCGACUCAGAGUCUGCCAAGGAAGCCCCAGCCGCAGCUGAGGCAUCACAACCAGUGCCGGCAGCCUUGCCGAUGGAUGAGUCCAUGCCCCUGGUCCAUGAGCAUCCCGAGGCAGAAGGUAAUGAUGACAGAUCUAAACGUGCCCGCAUUGCAGCCUUGCAGUUUGAGCAUGGUGAAGAGGACCCUGUCGAGUUCGAUGUCGAGCAGUGCGAGCACAUGUAUGAUCAUGAUCUCGAUGUCGAUGAUCGUGAAGAAGAUGCUGAGCCAAAAGCAUCCAUUCCACUUGAGCUGUACUACCCUUUUAGCCCUGAGGAGCCCCAGUUGUCUCGUGAGGAGCUGGAGCAUCUUGACUCUGUGGCAGAUCAGCAUGAGAUCACCCGUUUGCUUGGCAUGAACGUUCUUGAGGACAAUGCCAGUUGCAAGUUAGGUGGAGGUUCCAAAGUGUUGUCGACGCGUUUCGUUCGAACGUGGCGUGUCAAGCCACACCCCGUCACUGGGGAGCCUUCGUACCUGCGUCGCAGCCGCUUGGUUGCGAGAGAGUUCGCAAGAGACGACCAGUCAAGAACCGGGCUCUACUCGCCCGCAAGCCAGCAGCUACUCACCCGACUGUUGCCUGCCUUGUGGAGUUCCCGGCCAGGCCACAUCAUGAUGUCCCUUGAUGUCACGGAUGCUUAUCUGUGCGUUUCGCAGACCACCGAUGUUUGGGUGUCUUUGUAUGGCCAAAGCUAUCAGCUACGAAGGCUUUUGCCGGGGCAACGCGAAGGGAGCGCCCGUUGGUAUGAAGUGUUUGCUGCUGCACUGACAGAGGCCGGAGCAACGGCCUGGGAUGCCUGCCCAGCACUAUUUCGCUUGCGUGACAACCAGGGUGCUGCAUUGACGCACGUUGACGACUUGCUUGGUGAAGGGGAGCAUGAAGCCCUGAGACGCUUGACCGAUUUCUUGUGCACCAAGUUUAAGUGCAGCGUGCAGUUCCUUGUGAAAACUGGCGAUAGCAUCAGCUUCCUGAAACGCGAGCACUGUUUGACUGCCGACAACACCUUGGUGAUCCGUAGCCAUCCGAAGCAUCUUGAGCGACUCAUGGAAAUCACUGGUGUAAAGCAUGGGCAUUCUGGCAAGAACACACCGAUGCCCUUGCAGGUUCCCGACCUGGGGGAAUCUCCCUCCUGA